GUAAAUAAACUCCGAAUCCGAGGGUAAUCACUACUCCCUCCCUCCACAGAUGACAGAACCGUAAAGCAUAAACCAAAUGGCACCAACCAAGUUCCAAACAGAGAGAGAGAGAUCUGAGUAAAGCUUAUAUGGUCGCUAGAUCGAACUGCCGCUGGACGAUCAUUAUCAACCGUUCACAUUCUCUUCCUCUGGAGUCAAGCGGCUCCAGUUUCGGAUUCCUCAAGCCCUUCUCUCUCCUCAGAGUCUAUAGGUUAGCUUGGUGUGGAGCUCAUUGGUUAAAGGUCAAAACUUUACAUGUUAGUAGUUGAAGGAGAAUAGAUGAGAACAACAAAGUGUAGCAACAACCUCUCUUGAGUGUGUAGAUAUAAAGAUGGAAGAUUACUCUAAAUACACUCACAGUCCUGCCCACCUAGCUGUUGUCCUUCAUGACCAUACUGCUCUUAAACGAAUUGUCACAAACCUCCCCACCUUAUCCAAACCCGGCGAAGUCACCAGCGAGGCAGAGUCUUUACAAGCCGAGUCCAAUGCUGAUUCCAUAACUGCAGUGAUUGAUCGCCGCGACGUCCCUAACCGUGAAACCCCUCUCCACCUGGCGGUCCGUCUCCGUGAUCCAGUCUGCGCCGAGAUUCUAAUGUCAGCCGGCGCAGACUGGAGCCUGCAGAACGAGAACGGCUGGAGCGCGUUGCAGGAAGCAGUGUGCACUAGAGAGGAGGCCAUUGCAAUGAUCAUUGCAAGGCAUUACCAGCCUCUAGCGUGGGCCAAAUGGUGCAGGAGGCUCCCCAGGAUAACGGCUUCUGCUUCUAGGAUCCGUGACUUCUACAUGGAGAUCACGUUCCAUUUCGAAAGCUCAGUGAUUCCUUUUGUUGGCCGUAUAGCUCCUUCGGAUACUUACAGGAUAUGGAAGCGCGGGUGCAACCUCCGCGCUGACAUGACUCUAGCAGGUUUUGAUGGGUUCCGUAUCCAAAGAUCAGACCAGACGUUCCUUUUCUUGGGAGACGGUUACGCUUCCUGUGACGGGAAGGUGUCGCUGCCUCCCGGGGCGUUGAUUGUUCUUUCUCACAAGGAGAAAGAAGUGACCAACGCCCUGGAAGGGGCGGGGGCCCAGCCGACGGAAGCGGAAGUUGCUAACGAGGUGAAACAGAUGUCUCAGACUAACAUGUAUAGGCCUGGCAUUGAUGUGACGCAAGCUGAGUUGGUUCCUCAAGCGAACUGGAGACGGCAGGAGAGGACGGAGAGCGUUGGGAGCUGGAAAGCUAAAGUGUAUGACAUGAUGCAUGUGAUGGUGAGCGUGAAGUCGAGAAGCGUUCCGGGUGCUAUGAGUGAUGAGGAGAUGUUUGCUGUUGAUAGGGAUGGGGAUAGAAUGGAGAAUGGUGGAGAGAACGAUGGGUUUGAGGAUGUGUUGACCUCUGAGGAGAGAAAGCAGUUGGAUUCUGCUUUGCUGAUGGAGGUAGAUGAAGAGAAUGAUCAUCACCAGGAGAAUGGUGGUUCUCUCAAGGAGAAGAAAGGGUGGUUUGGUUGGAAUAAGAAAGGCUCAAAACCUGGUUAUGAUGGUGGUAGUGAAGAUAAUACAGCAACAAAGGUUAAGAAAGGCUCAAAGUUGGGAUCAGAGAAAGGGAAAAGCCAGAGAUGUGAUGAUACCACAAAGGACAACAAAGGCAAUGCCAAGAAGAAGAAGAGUGAAAGUGAGUACAAGAAAGGGUUAAGACCUGUGCUGUGGUUAACACCUGACUUCCCUCUGAAGACAGAAGAGCUUCUUCCUCUUCUUGACAUAUUAGCUAAUAAGGUGAAAGCAGUGAGGAGGCUCAGAGAGCUUCUCACCACAAAACUACCAACAGGAACAUUCCCUGUUAAGAUUGCAAUCCCCAUUAUACCAACAGUCCGUGUUCUUGUCACUUUUACUAAAUUUGAAGAGCUCCAACCAUCUGAGGAAUUCUCAACGCCUCCUUCUAGUCCCGUUUUUCAUGAUGCAAAGUCAUCAGAUAAUUCGUCAUGGGUGUCGUGGAUGAAAGGUGCUCGCGGUGGAGGCCAAGCAAGUGACUGCGAGAGUAACAAGUACAGGGACGAUGAAGUGGACCCUUUCCUCAUACCGUCGGAUUACACAUGGGUAGACUCAGCUGAGAAGAAACGCAGGAUGAAAGCCAAGAAAGCUAGGAUCAGGAAGAACAGGAAGCACGGUGCUCCAAAACCUGGCUCCUCGAGUUCCCGUUCCAAUCAAGAAGCGGAUGCAUAAUUGCACAUUCCUGAAGAAACAGGGUGUAAAACUUAGAUGAGAAGAGGUUGGUUGUAUUAUUGUUUGUAGUAUGCAAUUGUUUGUGAAUUUUUUUUUAAGGAACGUGUUUUGAUAUAAGGAACAGCCAUUUUGCACUGUUCAGUUAAUCUUCAAGUUUCACUUCA